UUAAUUUUUUUUUCUAACAUAUUUAAAAUGAAUUUUUUAAUUAAAUUUUUAACUAUAAUUUUAGCACUGGUAUUAAUUGUUGAUUGUAAAUCACCGAGAAAAAUAAAAUCAGGUUUAAGAGCUGGUUAUAAUGAAUUUCCACAUCAAGUGUCACUUCGUUUAAAUGGUAAACAUAUUUGUGGUGGAAGUAUAAUUGAUACAUGGCAUAUAUUAACAGCAGCACAUUGUGUUGUUGGUGAACAAUAUACUGGUGAUAUUAAAAUAUUAAGUGGUACUGUUGAUCAAGUCAAUGCACAUACUGGUCAAGUUCAUGAUGUCGCCAGGAUUGUUUAUCACAAGGAUUUUAAUGCAGCUUUUUAUGAAAAUGAUAUUGCUAUUAUAACGUUGAAAUCACGAAUGGUAUUUAAUCAAUAUCAAAAACCAAUAACAUUAUCACGUUAUGAUGUACCAAUUGGUACACCAGUUGUUGUUAGUGGAUGGGGUUCACAAAAAAUAAAUUCAGGUUUAAAUUCUCAAUAUUUACAAAAAUUACAUACUAAAAUAAUAAGUAAUGAAGAGUGUCAAAAACGUGAUGGAAAAUUUACAAUUGGACAUGAAAUUAUUUGUGCAAGAAAGAGUCAAGGUUACAGUAUUUGUCAAGGUGACAGUGGAGGUCCAUUAAUUUACAAAGGAGUUCUCAUUGGAAUUGCAGCUAGAAGUUUUUGUGAUGGUGUACAUCCUGAUAUAUUUACACGUGUUUCAAGUUAUAUCAAAUGGAUCUCAUGGAAUACAUCAACACGUUAA